UCUAUAUGUCAUUAGAUCCAAUUACUUGUCAAACUCAUUGCAAUUUAUUAAUUCAUCUCUCUACCUUCCCCGUAACAGUAAAUUACAUAAUUAUUUGUUAUAAUUAAAAUCCACCCACCACGAUCACGUUGAUGCCAGUCUAUUCGGCUUUGAACCCUUUGCUCUCUCGCCUUCUCCAUCUUCUUCGUCGUCGUCUUCUUCUUCUUCUUCCUCCCUCUCUGAUUCUCCAUUUGCAGGCGCCUGCUAGAGAUAUGGGGAACGGCAAUUCCACGGAGCACAAGGAGGAGUCCCGCCGGUCAAGGCUCCGCCAAAAGCUCUACAACCUCCGUAAACACCGCCGUCUCCACCGCCGUGGCUCCUCCGGCAGUGUCGCCGGAGCCGCCGAUCAGAGAUCUGUGACCGCCGAGGAUUUUUCCGGCAUUGCUCUUCUCACUCUCAUCGGCGCGGAGAUGGAGUUCAAGGAUAAGUGGCUUGCUUGUGUUUCCUUCGGGGAACAGACAUUCCGUACGGGAAUCUCCGACAACACGGACAAACCAAUUUGGAAUUCUGAAAAGAAGCUCCUUUUGGAAAGAAAUGGACCUAGUCUUGCUCGAAUCUCAGUGUUCGAGACCAAUAGGCUUUCUAAGAACAAUAUCGUGGGUUAUUGUGAGCUUGAUCUACUCGAGUUUCUAACUCAGGAAUCUGAUUCGAGUUGUAAGUCAUUUGACCUGUUAGACCCGACCUCAUCUAAUGUUGUUGGCAGCAUCUUCCUUUCAUGCUCUGUUGAGGACCCUGUUGAAACUGAGAAGCUUUUCGCAAAGCGUAUCUUGUCUAUAGUGGACUAUAAUGAAGAUGGACAACUCUCACUCACUGAGUUUGCUGAUCUAAUUAGUGCUUUUGGCAACCAAGUGGCUGCUAACAAGAAAGAGGAGUUGUUCAAAGCUGCUGACCUGAAUGGCGAUGGUGUUGUGAGCAUAGACGAGUUGGCUGCGCUUCUUGCUCUUCAACAGGAGAGGGAGCCACUUAUAAAUAAUUGCCCUGUGUGCGGUGAGACUCUUCAGGUUUCUGAUAAGCUCAAUACCAUGAUUCACAUGACUCUCUGUUUUGACGAAGGAACUGGUAAUCAAGUAAUGACCGGAGGGUUCCUAACUGAUAGACAGGCAUCUUAUGGGUGGAUGUUCAAACUGAGUGAAUGGGCUCAUUUAUCAACAUAUGAUGUCGGCUUGAAUACUGGUUCAAGUGCUUCACAUAUUGUGGUGAUUGAUAGAAAGACAAAGAGGCUCGUGGAGGAGUUGAUUGAUCCGAAGAUUGUUUUGUCGAUGCGAGCAAUUUACCAGUCAAAAAUUGGACUCCGGCUUAUGGACCAAGGAGCAAAAGAGAUUUUGCAGAAUAUUUCUGAGAAGCAGGGGAAGAAAAUGAACUCGGUUGAAUCUGCCCAAAAUAUACCAAAGUUUCUUGAGUUUUUCAAGGAUCAAAUAAACAUGGCUGAAGUCAAGUAUCCUCUGGAUCACUUUAAGACGUUCAAUGAAUUUUUCAUUCGGGAGUUAAAACCUGGUGCAAGACCAGUUGCUUGCAUGGAUCGUGAUGAUGUUGCUGCAUGUGCUGCCGAUUGUCGUUUAAUGGCAUUUCAGUCCGUAGAGGAUAGCACGCGUUUCUGGAUCAAGGGCCGAAAGUUUUCGGUUAAAGGCCUCCUAGGGAAGGAUUUGCAUUCCGAUGCUUAUCUCGAUGGAGCUUUGGUGAUAUUUCGAUUGGCCCCACAGGACUAUCAUCGUUUUCAUGCUCCUGUCUCCGGAGUCAUCGAAAAGUUUGUGGAAAUUCCCGGAUGCUUAUAUACAGUUAAUCCCAUUGCGGUAAAUAGCAAGUACUGCAAUGUUUUCACGGAGAAUAAACGGACCGUGGCAAUCAUCUCGACACGUGAAUUUGGAAAGGUAGCAUUUGUUGCUAUUGGAGCGACAAUGGUCGGUAGCAUCACAUUUGUCAGGAAGGAGGGCGACAAUCUGAAGAAGGGAGAUGAGCUUGGAUACUUCUCCUUCGGUGGAAGCACGGUUAUAUGCGUCUUUGAGAAGGGUGCGGUACGAAUUGACGAGGAUCUGGUAGCUAACAGCGCUAGAUCCUUGGAGACUUUAGUUACUGUCGGAAUGCAACUGGGCGUGUCCUCCACCGACGGGACAGCAUCUUCUGUUUCUUUAAUGCCCACGUUGGAUAACUGCGUUUUAACUGCCUGAAUGUGAAUGCUUCUUUUCUUUUUUAUUUUUACCCUCGUCUUAUAUCAAACUAGUGUUUGAAAAAUAUGGCGUGGUUAGUACGGAACGAUUUCGUUAUAUUUAUUUACCUUUUGCACCACCUACUCUUCUCGUGUUUUCGUGCCAAAUGACUGUGUAUAUAUAUAUAUACAUGCGCCUUUGGACGGGCCCGGGGGGAGGGGGUUGAGAUUAGUUUGAUUUAAUGUGUGAAUGCAUUUCAAAUUGUAUCAAAUAUGUUAUGUUAAAUAUCCUUAACUUUGUGCUUGUGCAUUAGGCCUAAUGAAAUGGUUAUGUAACACCCCAUUUUUUUUUA